UGCAAUGGCAGACUUCCCUUUUGUGUCUGAGAUGUUCUGUUUUCCGCACACGGUUGAAUCGUGAGUGACGACUUACGAAAAGUACGGUUGAUUGAAGAGACUAGACAGACCUCGGCUGCUUCAGCAAACACACGGUUAAGCGGCCGAGUGACUGCAAGGGGGAGGGGACAGACGAAAGAAGGAGGGCAGACUGAGAGGGAAGAGUGGCUUCCCAGGCUGACUGUCACCAUCCUGCUUUGACAGUGCACGGCUGCCUGCCUCUGUGCAGGAUUCUCCUUCGACAGUGCUGCAGCGAUCCGGCCAGAGAGGACAAAGACAUUUUAAGAAACUUUGCAGCAAGCUUUCCCAUUCACUGCACACCUUUUUGGAUUCAUUCAUUCGGUCACACUUCCUUACCGCCCCUAGUCACUUUCUCCGUUUUCCUCGCUCUUCACUUGUAACUCUGUCCAUCACUCUUUCUCCAAUUCACUGCGCCUUGUUCCCUUUCUCAUGCUCUCACACCCCUCCAUGAUUUAUCCUUCCCUCUGUGGCCGGUUACACAGCAAUGCGUUGCCAUUCGUUUCUUGUAUGGAAUACUCUGACAGUGAUCCAAUGGACCCUGGAAGCUGUGGACGUAAUGUUGCUGGACACAUCGGACUCAACCACUGAACUGGGCUGGAGAGUAUAUCCAGAUACAGGGUGGGAUGAAGUAAGCGUCCUUGAUGAUCGUAAGCAGCUGAUCCGAACAUUUGAAGUCUGCAACAUCAACUUGGCCAAUCAAAAUAACUGGCUAGCCACACCCUUCAUUCAGCGGGGCUCUGCCUCACGGAUGUAUGUCACUAUACGUUUCAGCGUGCGGGAUUGUGGAAGCGUACGGAAUGUGGCGUCUUCAUGCAAGGAGACAUUCACUCUAUACUAUCAGGAGGUUGACAGUGAGCAAGAAGCCGAACAGAACUGGGCCAUCAUGGUAGCUGAUGCUGAAGCACGGGGCAGCUGGGUCAAGAUUGACACAAUUGCAGCUGACAAGAGCUUCUCUCAGGUCGAGCAGAGCCAACCUCACCAGUAUCAGCCCAACCGGCGCCAGAGAGUAAAUGAGAAAACUCGCAGCUUUGGGCCACUGACUCGGAAAGGCUUCAUAUUGGGCUUCCAGGACAGUGGGGCAUGUGUUUCCCUCAUUGGGGUCUCCCUCUUCUACAGGAAAUGUCCUGAAACAUCUCGAUACCUGGCUGUAUUCCCCAAUACACCAUCAGGGCCUGAGCUGUCUGCCCUUGUCCAGGUGGCAGGUACUUGUGUGGAACAUGCCCAACCACAAGCUGCCAAUCCCCCAAAGCUGCAUUGUAAUGCUGAUGGAGACUGGAUGGUGCCUGUUGGGAGCUGUGAAUGCAAAGCUGGAUACGAGGCCGGGCAGAAUGGAACAUCUUGCACUGCUUGUGCCUUGGGUCACUUCAAGUUUGAGGCUGGAGCCUCAAUUUGUACUCCUUGCCCCAACCAGAGCCGGACUACUACGGAUGGUGCUGCCAAAUGUGAGUGUCGAUCAGGCUUCUAUCGCAGUCCCGAUGAUAAGCCUGAUGCACCAUGCACUGCUCCUCCUUCUGCUCCUCGUGACCUCUACUGGGAAAAUGAAGGCUCCAGUCUAAUACUACGUUGGAGGGCACCAUCUGAUUUAGGGGGCCGAAAUGACAUUCAUUACAAUGUUCUGUGUAAAGUGUGCCCCCCUGCUGCUCCACCAGGUUCAAAUGCUCCUCCACCUGUUUGUCUUCGAUGUACUGAAGGCAUCAUAUUUGAACCAAGUCAGCAGGGCCUUUCUCAGACUCGGGUUAAAGUGUCCAAUCUGCUGCCAAGGAUCCAUUACAUCUUUCAGGUGCAGUCUUUGAAUGGUGUGAGCACGUUGAGCCCUCUGCCACCAAAAUACCUCAACAUCAAUGUCAGUACCAGCCAAGCAGUGCCUUCACAAGUUCCAAUGAUGCACCAGGUGAGCCGCACUCCAGACUCAAUCACCCUUUCAUGGCCACAGCCAGAUGAGCCCAAUGGAGAGAUUCUGGACUAUCAGCUUCGAUAUUUUGACAAGUCAGGGGAUGAAGAAAGUUCAGUCUUACUCACCAGUGAGACAAAUGUGGCUACUGUUCAUGGGCUCAUCUCAGGGACAAUUUAUGCUUUCCAGAUCCGAGCGCGAAAUGAAAUGGGCUUUGGCCCAUACAGUGGAAAACUCUAUUUCCAGACUUUAAUGGAAGAAGAACGAGCUGAAGCAGUUCAAAACCGGCUACCCCUUUUGAUUGGGUCAGUGAUGGGUGGGAUGGCUUUUCUGCUGGUAGGAGUGAUACUGAUCUUCAUCACUCUGGUCCGAAGUAAGCGCAGAGAAAGUCCCUACAGUGACCGACUACAAAGAUAUAUAAGUACAAGAGGUGGAGUCAAAUACUACGUUGAUCCAUCAACCUAUGAAGAUCCAAAUGAUGCUGUCCGUGAGUUUACUCGGGAAAUAGAUCCUGCUCAUGUCAAAAUUGAAGAAGUUAUAGGAGCAGGUGAAUUUGGAGAGGUGUGCAGGGGACGGCUGAAGCCCAUAGGAAAACGAGAAAUAACUGUUGCUAUUAAAACCUUAAGGUCUAGCUGCUCAGACACAGAGAAGCGUUCAUUCCUAAAUGAAGCCAUCACCAUGGGACAGUUUGACCACCCAAAUGUGUUACGGCUGGAGGGUGUAGUAACCCGAAGCAGACCUGUCAUGAUCAUUACAGAGUAUAUGGAAAACGGAGCACUGGAUGCAUUUUUAAGGGAAAAUGAAUCUCAGUUCAGUGUGUUGCAGUUGGUGGGAAUGCUGCGUGGCAUUGCUGCUGGAAUGAAAUAUUUGUCUGAGAUGAAUUACGUUCACAGAGACCUGGCAGCAAGAAAUGUGCUGAUUAAUUCCAACCUGGUGUGCAAGGUGGCAGAUUUUGGUUUAUCACGAUUUCUCCGUGGUGAUGAUGAAUCUUUGCCUUCCUACACUGCAGCACUGGGCAGUAAAAUCCCAGUACGUUGGACAUCAUUGGAAGCGAUCCAGUACAGGAAAUUCACCACAGCAAGCGAUGUCUGGAGCUUUGGUAUUGUCAUGUGGGAAGUGAUGUCAUAUGGGGAGCGACCCUACUGGGAUAUGUCAAAUCAAGAGGUUAUAUCUGCUCUUGAGGAUGACUAUCGGCUACCUGCUCCACCAGGCUGCCCUGGUGCACUUCAUGCUCUUAUGUUGGAUACUUGGCUAAAGGAACGGUCAGAAAGACCAGGAUUUGAACAGAUAGUCUCAACACUAGAUAAGCUGAUCCGCCACCCAGCUGGUCUCAAGACAGUUGCCACUCACGUAAGCAGACCCUCCCAACCUCUGUUAAGCCAUGCCUCUCCUGACUUUUCCACUAUUACCUCAGUGUCAGAGUGGCUGGAUGCUCUGAAGAUGGGACGUUACAAAGAUGAAUUCAGUAAGGCAGGGAUUACAUCAAUGGAGAUUGCGUCUCGCAUGACGCUAGAGGACAUUCAGAAAGUAGGGGUCACCCUUCUUGGACACCAGAAAAAAUUUUUUAACAGUAUUCAGCUUUUACGAGUUCACUUGAAUCGGGGACAAGUUGAAGUGUAGUACUGAUCAUUUUUAUCAGAUUAAAAGUAAAGACUGCAAAACAAGAGAUUUCAUAAACUUCAUUUAAAUCACGGGACAGCAUAGAGAGUAAUCGGCCUCUCACUCCUCCCUAGAAAACUAAAUGACAAAAUACAGUAUGUCUUUGUGCUAAACUGUAAAGAUAUUUAAAAUAUAUGUCCAAAACUGUAAAAAUACACUUUUUUAAUUUCUUUUGAUGUCUGUUCAUUGUUUUAUUUGUAAAAUAAAGUUGUUUUAUUUAACUAAA